UGUUGUGGUGAAGAGAAACGUUGGUAUACGCCCAAAUAAUUAUUCAAAAAAAAUGAAUAAAAUAAUAUUAAUAUUAUUAUUAAUAAAUUUAAAAAAAAUUUAUUCAUAUUGUCCAGUUAAUUGUUUGUGUUAUUUAAAUAAUGAGCCAAAAAAAAUUACUUGUUCACAUCAAGGUCUCAAUGAGUAUCCAGCUAAAAUAAGUGACUUGGUUGAACAUUUUGAUUUAUCAGAUAAUAAUUUACGUAUUAUUGUUAGUGAUAUUGGAAGAUUAAUUGAGCUGAGAUAUCUUAAUCUUGCGAAGAAUCAGCUGACUGGUUUACCUGGUGAUAUUGGAGAAUUAUGGAAAUUAGAAAGACUUGAUUUAAGUGAAAAUAAAAUUCAUAAUGUUGGUAUUGAUAUUGGUGUUAUAACAAGAUUACCAAAUUUAAAAAUAUUAUCAUUAGGAAAAAAUCCAAUAACUGAUAUACAAGAAUUAUCAAAUGCUGCACUUAAAUAUUUAGAUGUCAAUAAAUGCACAAUUUUAAGAAUAACAAAUGAGACACUUGAAGGCUUACCAGAAUUAAUUUCAUUAAAUAUGGAAGACAAUCCAUUGAUAACUGUUAGAAAUAUAAAAAGUAAUAAAUUAAAAUGGCUUGAUAUGUCGAAUUGUCGAUUGAGCAUAUUGGAAUCAAAUACAUUUGAAGGUGCACCAUUACUUGAACAACUUCGUCUUGCUAAUAAUCCAUAUUUAAUUUUCAGCACAAGAAAAGAAACAUUGAGACAUGAUAAGCUAAAAAAACUUGAUGCAUCAGGUUGUAAUUUAGAUAGACCUGGUCUUCAUGGUUUUCCAUCAUUAACACAAGCAAUAUUAUCAAAAAAUUCAAUAAGAUUUUUACCAGAUAAUAUAUUUUCAAGAAAUAAAAUGUUAAUUAAUUUAUCACUUGAUGGUAAUGGCUUGGAUCAAAUUAAUUCAAGCACUUUCUAUGGAAUGACAUCACUUGAAACACUUGAUUUAUCAAGAAAUAGUUUGACCCAAUUACACUCAUCAUUAUUCAAAGAAAAUAUUAAUUUAAGAUUAUUAAAUUUAUCAAGUAACAAUAUUAGAGAAAUACCAGAUGAUUUUUUAUCAACAGUUAUAACACUUGAUUUAUCAAUGAAUUUAAUUGAUAAUAUAUCAAAUAAAUGUCUCAUUAAUAUGACGAGAAUAAAGAAUUUAAAUUUAGGAAAAAAUAGAUUUGAAUUAUUUGAUAGUAGUUUAGAAUCAAAUACAUUGAGAACAUUAAAUUUACAAAAUAAUAGAAUAAUUAAAUUGACAAAUAAAAGUUUUUUAAAUAUUCCAUUAUUAACUGGUCUUGAUUUAUCAGGUAACAGGUUGAGUGAAGAUUUAUCAAGAGAUGUAUUUUCAUCAAAUGAUAAUUUACAAAAAAUAUUACUUCAUGAUAAUCCAUGGCACUGUGAUUGUGAUAAAUUGGAAUCGAUUUAUAAUUAUUUAAAGAGUACAGAAAAAACAAUAGUAACAAAUUUAAUUUGUCAAAGUCCAAGUAAUGUAUCUGGUUAUUCAUGGACAACAGCAUGUUAUACUGAUUGGUCAAAUGAUGUCAGUGAUUCAAGAUACAAAGAUAAAAUAUAUCAGCUAGUUUUAAUGGGAUUAUUUAUAUGUGUAUUUGUUUUUGGUACAGUUGUAUCAAUUGGUCACACUAUUAGAACAAAAAGAAGCCAAGCAUUGUUGAGAAUAAGAGAAGCUGAAAGAGCUGAAGCUAGAGAAAGAUUAUUACUUCAUCGAAGAACAUUAGAAAUUGAAUCAAGACGUCAAGAACAUCAGCCAAGAAUUCAUCCAGCUGAAAUAAUUGGACCACCAACUUAUGAAGAAGCUGUUCAACUACCAAGAUUAAUUCGUUCAUUGGAUCAUCUUGAUUCUAUAUCAACUGAAGGAAUUGGUAAUUCUGGUCAAUCACUUGAUCAACAAGCAUGGAUUAAAAAAAGACGUAUGCAAUCGAAAAAAAUAAUAAAUAAACGCGCUAAAAGUGAGGAUAAUUUAAAUAGAAAAUGUAGAGAAAAAAAUAAAAAUAUUAAAGGAUAUUCAACGUCAUCAGUAUCAAGAGAAAGAAGAAGAAAAUCAACAAUUAUUUAUCGACAAAAUAAUGAUAGUUAUUCUGAUGAACCAAUUAGUAGUAUGGAUGAUAUUCAAAGAGGAAUAAAUAGAUCAAAAACAUCAAUAACAAAUAAUAAAAAAAGAAAAAGAUUUUUAAUUGUUAAAAAUGAACAUUCAAAUGAUGAUGAAGAUUCUGAUAAUUAUAAAAAUAUAUCAUCACGUUCGGCUUUUAAUUUGAAUAAUGAUAAAAAUAAAAUUUUUGAUUUAUCAAGAGAACCAAGAAGUGGUACUUAUCGACCAACAUGUACCACAUCACCACAAUUUUAUGAUUCAAGUAGUGAUAAUGAAAUUAUCAUUCACAAUCCACCAUCAAUUGUUUAAUCAUUUUUUUUUUUUUGUACAAAAAUUACCUUACCUGUAAAUUAAAUUUCAUUGUUUUUUUUUUUUUUUCAUAUUUAUUAUAUUCUAAAAUUCAUAUAUAAAUAAGGCCUUCAUCAAUACAAUAUACAUAAUUUUUUUUAAAAUUCUAAAACCUUUUUUUAUAAAACAAAAAAAAAAUUUAACAAUUAUUAUUAUUAUUAUUAUUAUAUAAAAUUUUUAUAGCAAUGACUUUUGAGUCAGUACAAAAAAAAUUUAAAAAAUAAUUCCUAUUAUGUUUAUUAUUUAUAGUUUAAAUAUAUUUAAAAAAAAAACAAAUUAACAAUUAAAAAUUAUUAUUAACUAGGUUUAUUUGUUGUAUUUUUUUUUUUUAUACUCAGCACAAGAGUUUUAUCUCAACUCAAUUUGAAUCAUCAAUGAUAAUUUAUUUAAAAAAAAAACAAAAAAUUUUAAUUAUUUCUAAACUUUGAUAUAUAUAAAUUUAUUAUUAACAUUUGUUAAUAAAAAAAAAACAAUAAUAUUUCAAGUUCUUGCUAUCCUUUGAUAUAACAAAUUGUUUAAUUAUAUAAAUAUUUAUUUGUUUAUUAAAUCACAAAUAGUACCUGUUAAAAAAAAAAAAAAAUAUAAAUUAAAAAUUUAGGGUGAUGUCUUGACUAGAUUUUCACCCCCAAUAAUUUUUGUAAUUAACAAUGGUGUUUUGGGUACACUAUCUGGAUUAUCUUGUAAUGUUAUUUUAACACGUUGAGCACCAGGACUUGAUUGAUUAUUAAAUUGAUUUGAUAAAUUACCAGAUGAUAAUGAAUCACGUUCAUGUUUAC